AUGCCGCCCAUAGCUCGCUCGAUGAACACCACGGACCAAGCUGCUCCAAAUAUACCCCGAGUCCCCCUGGUAGAACACGCCAAAUUCCGCAAGGACCAGAACCGACCCGCCGACUCUCGCUCUGGCACAAAUGCCUUUGGUCUCGUGGAACAUCUUUCUAGGCGCCUCAGUGGCACCAAACGUGUAUAUCGAUCCGACACUUCGGCAGAUAUGACCGCUGCUACUCGACGUGCGGCGUUUGAUGGGGGCGAAGGCACACGAAAUUUACAAAGAGGCGUGUCGUCGCCUCGGACGACGUAUAUCGCGCGGAGGUUCAGUCGUCCCCACGACAAGGAGAACGAAGGCGAGGGAAAGGGUGGACAGACCCAAGGUCAGCUGCCUAUGAAAGAGACGACCGGGGAUGAUGUGAAGGGAGAUCGCCAAUGUCUUCUCUCUGUGAAAGCGGAGAACUCGAGGGCGGGUACCGCCACCUUCGUUGAAAAGGAUCACCAGGGUUUUGGGACGCCUUUGCCUUCUACUUCUCAAUGGCGACGUCCACGCUCAAUCUAUCGUCGUGGACGGCCUGCGUUCUCGAAGGAUUCUUCUCACGGACGACUCGUAUACACCCGCAAAACUCCUGCAUCAUCUUCUUGUCCCACCUUUCCUCUUUCUCGCUCAUUCAACCUUGAUUCCCCCGGGCCGGUGGCGGCCAAGCAGUCUGCUGUGGCUCUGGUUCUUUCUCGCCCGCAACCUCGCAGGUCUAUAACCACUCCAGCUGGCCCAGUCUUGACUUCGCGAUCUAGAACCCAUACAUAUUCCUCGUUCUCGCCGGCUCCUUCAUCGCUUCCUAUGUCUGCGGUCUCUCGGCAAAAGACACACAUAUCCCCUCCUUCUGCUACCUCCGAGCUUGUUUCUGCUAAAGCUCAGUCUCAGUUUGCCUCGCACACGGAUCCGCAAUCUUCGUCUCCGACGCCAAUUCUGUCAGCAUUCCGCUCUGUGUCCGAAUCGCUGUUCACGUCUUCGAGCGGUUUCACCGAAUUCGGACUGGACAGUGACGACUCAUCUCUCUCUCCAUCGCCUCUAUCUGAUCUCGAGCGCCAGAUAAAGGACAUCAGUCUCAAUUCCAUGACCAGUUCCCCAACGAAGGCUGUGAGGGAACUGCAAGUUUUGAGGAGGGCGGCGUUGGAGAGUCAGGUCAGGAGGAUGCGGAUGACGCGCGGUGCAUGUCAUCCGGUUCGAAAGACCACAGGAGAGGCUAUGGGUUGCCCUUCCUCGGCUCAGGCUGUGGUAGACCGAUCGUUUUCAAAAGCUCGUGGCCCGUAUCUCAUGCCGAGUCCUGGAGGCCGCCGGACUAGACGAGCAGCUACUUCGCCUACACCGUCUCUACUCGUCGCUACUGGUGGUCGACCUAAGGUCAUCUACGAGAGGAUGCACCUCGACAUUACGCAGGCCGCAGCCAUAUCAACGACCGAGGUGAAGACGAGUAGAAGCGCCUUUCAGUCUCAGGCUAUGCACACGCUCCCACCGCUCGACUUCACUACAAAGGCUACGAAGCGCUCGGGUGCGAUGUUCAAAUCCAACGGACCGUCCUGGUUAGAUUUUGACUUUUCAUCAUACAACGAUGAGCUCCCUCCUGCCGCCCACACACCACCAAGCCUAGACAUACACAAUUUUCAGGCCCUCAAGGCUGAAUCUGGCUCAGGUUCGCCAUGCCGAGGACCUGCCAGCACUCAUCCAUCCAUGACGAAAUCAGCGCCCUUCCUCUGUUCGACUCAGGCGCAACCUCAGGUUUCAACCUCCUCGCGGAUCAACCACUCGAAGCACGCGCGAAACGCCAGUUCUAUCGAUCGUUGGCUUCUUACCCUCCCUCAGCCCGAUGUUGGCACCUCGCCAACUUUAUCCCAGUCUCACUCUUCUGGUGGACUACUUCUUUCCCCAACCCGCACAUGUGCUUCGAUCGCAGGCCAAAGCGAGCGGCGCCGUCUCCCGCAUUCGACUAGCGCCAUGGUCUCUCGAAUAUCUCUUCAGGAUACGCCUGAAUCUCAUCAUCAACGAAGAAAGAGCGUCGGCAUGGUUAUGAAUGAGAAUAACGCGCGGAGGGCGAGCGUGGGCGAGGAGACUGACGGAAUCAGAACGAGAGUUUCGGUGGCAGCGUCGCGGUCUUCGCAAAGUAAGCUGGUACUGGACGGCCUGGACGAUUCGUUAAUGGAGGAUGUGUUUGGAUAUCUGUUGAAGCCUUGA